AUGGCGGUCGUCAUAUGGAUCUUAGAUAUUGUCGUGAUGCGAUCAUCUGCAAUUGUUGAUGGAAGACUCGGAUGGAAUUUCGGUUAUACUUUCUUGAUUUUACCGGCAGUGAUAUAUCUUACCAUGACGGUACGAUUUCCAAGGACGAGGAAAUUCGCAAACCCAUAUGCGCUGUUGGUUAUUGAUCUCGUUUGGUGUAUCAUGGCUUUAUCGGCAUUUGCAGCCGUCGCAAAUUGGAAUGGAACUGGAAAAUGUAGAAAUGGCUGUAAAGUGAGCAAGGCAGUUGUUGGCUUGGGAGUAUUUUUAUGGCUCUUUUGGAUCCUUUCAACAGCCAUGUCAGUUUAUGGCCUUAUGUACUACAGAAGAGAAGGGUAUCUACCAGGCGCAUCUCGAGCCCCCAAUAACGCAGCCAUGAUUGAUCCCGACAAAGAAGCCUUCUCCACCGCUCCCCACGAUGACGAAUAUGCACCCGUUCAUAACGCAGAAGAACAUGAAGAACAUGAAUUACACGAUGAUGGAUAUCCCGGAGGAAAUUUCGUAGGGAGAGUUCACACACCAGAUUACGAACCUUCGAGUUACGGAGGUUCAUACGCACCUACAUCGAUGGCUCAUCAUGAUGAUUUGGAGGCUUCAACGGCGUAUACAGGAUAUAGUGCGAGUGGGUAUGGAGGAUCGCAAAACUCUAGGACAGGACGAGCUCAAUUUCCUACGGGGAAUUAUGAUAAUAUCCCCGUGAUUGGUGAACCGUGA